GGGAGCCGGGAGCCGGGAGCCGGGCACAGGGGAGCGGAGCCGGAGCCGGGAGCGGAAUGCAAACCAGCGGAUCUGAGCCCUGCAAGUUGUCAGCUUCACAGGCACUCUUCUCAGCAUGCAGUCCCUUUAGAUUUGGGCGUGAUAACCAUCCACAUCCGGCACAUUGGACAUUUGUCCUACAUCCCUAUAUCAUCCCGCUUUUCUGAAGGAUACAAUCUUCCACUUUCUUGGGUUUGAUCAGUAAAGGAUAAAUCUGAUCACUGGCUGACUUGUUAUCUCUUCGUUGUGAUGGGAAAAUGCUCAUCUAAAAUAAGCCCUCUGUUAUGCUGCUAACACUGCCUUUGAAUCCAAGAUCUGUGGUGAUUUUUAAAAGGCAAACCCCAAGAUGUCGGAACCCGACCCCUCAUCUGGAUUUGUAGGAAACAUGGAAAAUGGGACUUUUCUGGAGUUAUACCCCACAUCCCUUUCAACUUCCGUGGAUUCAUCACCAGGCCGUUUAUCUAAUGUCUAUGUCUAUGUUUCUAUAUUCCUUAGUCUCCUAGCAUUUCUCCUUUUGUUAUUGAUCAUUGCACUUCAGAGGCUGAAAAAUAUAAUUUCUUCCAGUUCCUCUUACCCAGAAUAUAACAGUGAAGCUGGAAGUUCUUUCACUAAUUUAGAAGUCUGUAGUAUUUCUUCCCAGCGGUCUGCUCUUUCAAACCUUUCUUCCUGAAACUAAAUGAAGGGGAAUAUGUGGGGAACGGGAAAGCUUUGUCUAGUUUCUCGGGGAGGUAGUGCAUGCAACAUUUGCCUUAGAAGACUAUGAUGAAGAGGUGGCUUUUAAAGUUUCCUUAUUUUUCUUUCUUUCCUUUUCUAGUCUUCAUUUUCCCUUUUACUAAUGUUGCUUUUCAUUUUGGAUAAUGACUCUUAAUCAUUGUUUCAUGCCUGUAACUGUGAUGCUGUCUUUUUCUCACACAUACACAGUGUUCAUUAGUAUUCCUGACAAAUUGUAAUAUGGUUCUAACCAGAUGUGUCAUUUUUCUGCUCUAGUUGUGACUCCUUUCCUUGUUUUAUAUCAGUAAUACUCUGAAUGUUGGUUUUUUUUGUUUGUUUGUUUUUCAUUUUUAAUUAAAUAAGAAUUUCUGGAUUAAAUCCCCAUUGCAAAAGUAUCAAAAAUUAGCUUUAAUUAUAAAUAUAGUCCUUGGGACAAUUUAAAGUUGUUGCUAUUGUUUCUUUUGUAAUUUCCUUGUUGUUUUUUUUUCAGUAUUUAUUGGUGUUUAUGAAACACAACUAAAAUCCUUUUCCUGAAGAAUGUUACUUUGGUUUAUUUGUACUUAAAUCUUUCUGUAUAAAGUGUCUGUGUUUCAGUUUUUGAAUUGCUGAAAUCUUUGGUUAAUUUAGUAAAGCGACUACAAUAACUGCUCACUGCGGAAUGUGUAAAGAUAUUUUUGGACCACAACUGCAUAUAAUUUGCCUAAUGACUUGUUCCUCUGGGGGGCAGCUUUUGCUGCUGAAUCACAAAUAUUGCACAACUCCUUUCCAUCCUUUGCUGAUCACACAGCCUAUUCGUGACGGGUACCAGUACAAACUGAUGCUUUCUUUUAGAUCCGCUUACUGUGACCAUCGCUGCUAGCUGAAUAGCACCUGUGACUGUCCUUUCUUUAGGCACAGGAUGUUCGUACCGAUUUAUGCAGAGCCAGCAGGGACAGAUAUUACUUGUGUGGUGAAGGCUUACUGGGACAGAUUUUGCCUUGUAAUUUCAUGAAGGCACACUGGUGUGGACACAGGGAUGUGCGUAGUUGCCAUCCAGACCUGUGCUUUGACACUAAGGAGGUGUGUAAUAGAUAACUAGCAGUAUUGUGCACAGGAUCCUGUGUUCGGCUUUGAAUUAAAUCAAUCCAAAUGAUCAAAAAAAAAAAAAAUAAAAAAAAAAGAAAGACUUGAAAUGCCAAAAGUGAUCUAUGAGGAUUGCAGCUCUAUAGUAUGCCAUGUUAUUUCUUGUAGUCCUUGUUGCAACACAUGAGCAUAGCCCAGUCCUGCCUCAAGCCCCUGCAUAUUCACCUAUAAUGGCAGUGUCCAAGUCAGGAGACAAGAGGAAGGGUGUGGAAAUGUCCCUGCUGUAUCUGUUCCUGGUGCAAGAACACAUCUAGCUCUGGGUCAUUAACAAGGCACGUUCUGUCAUUAACUAUGCAGUCUUUGAAAGAGGAAAUUGGAAACUCCAGUGUGAAUAUAAUCAUUAAAAACACAGCUGCUCCAUGCCAAACAACAUACAGAUGAUGUUGGAGUUGCUGUUUUCCAUUUUUCAAAGUGAACCUACAGCAUGGUAAGUGGUAAUCAAUUAUGGUGUUGAUUAGCACCUUACAAAGGUCAAAGAACUUGCUGACUAGCAGAGGAAUUAAGCCCAAAGAAUUUCUGAGCCAAACUGUUCUUAUGAAUAUAUUUAGUCUCUUGAAUAUUUUAUUCAUCUGGCCAAAUAUUCCUUGUAAGUCGCUUUUCACUGUAAUUGAUGGGGAAAAGAGUUUACUAUUGGAAAGUCAUUGGGAAAGAUUUUUCGUUUCUAAAAGCUGUUCAAAAUCCCAAAUGUGUAAUAGAAUGUAUUUUUGUGUUGACUUGUAGAUAAAAAUAAAUGAACUUUAAAUCAAGA